AUGCCUCUGAGAGCAAAAGGUCCGUCGCCUUCGUCAUGGAGACGGAUACUCACUGGUCCCCAGGCACUAGAUUAUAGGCAGGUUGUGGAGAUCCCGAGUAAAAUUAUAGACAAACAGAUCCACAUCAAAAUCAUCGCAGAUGAGAAAUGGGCUGUGAUUCAGGUAGUAAAAGAUAAUCUGCCGUAUGAGAACAUGGAAUAUAGAUUGGAUAUGGCAUCAGUGUUCGAGGCUAUUCGCAAAGAUCGCGAACCCGAGACGCCCGAAACUAUUGUAUCGGAAAUAGUUGAGACUACCACCUUUGGGGAGCGUACAUUCUGGGACAAAUAG